AUGAAAGUGUGAGUUCUUUAUUUUCUCGUCUCCCUAAAUAAUUUCAAAGAUUUCAGACCAGCUUUUCUGAAAAAGAAAAAGGUUCAAUAUGCGAUUCUAAUCACUGGAUUUCUUCUAACUUUAUCGCUUUUUAUUGCAAUUCUGAUUGGUAGUGUUGGAAAUUUCAUAAAUCGGGAUGAUUUUAAACCAAUUUGUGAAACUGAAAAAUGUUUUGAAUUGGGGAAUCGAAUGGCAUUAUUUAUGGAUAACUCAACUGAUCCAUGCAAUGAUUUUUAUAAAUUUAGUUGCGGAAAUGCUAAUACAGCAUUGGUAACAGGAGAAUACAUCCAUGGGAGUGCAACAAAUUAUGAUAUUUAUGAAGAUCGGAAAAUGUUCCGGAAAUAUUUCAAUUUUUCAACUUAUAAACCAAAAACAACACCUCAAAAAAUAGCAAUGGUUUUGAUGGAUAAAUGUGUGAAAACUGACACUAUUGAAAUUAUUGAGCAAAGUGUAUGGAAAAGUACAGAUUUAACUGAUAUUUUUGUGGAAAUGUCAAAAGUUUCGAUUGGAAAAACACAUUUUCUGAGAAAUAAUAUCUACUCGUGGGCAUUUGGAGAAAAUAUCGAAAGAAUUCCUCUCUCUUUGGUGCUGCAAAGCGGAAUCGAUGUGGUAACUAUUUCUUUUCAAUUUUUUCUCCGGUAUUAUCUCAUUUUUUAGAUAUUCAAAGAUGAUUACAACAAAAUUCUCGACGAGAAUCCGAAUUUUAGAACCAAAAAAUGGGGAAAAAGUGAUGGAACAACAAACGCAUUCAAAUUUUUUAAUAUCAAAAAAUACUUGAGAGAAGUGCUUCCCGAAUAUGCAAAAGAUACUAAAUGGACUUUGCAUUAUUUGGAAAAUGAGUUAAUGGCUCUGCAAGAACUCGUUAAUUUGAAAGGAGUUGAAACCAUUCGAAAUAGUUUGAAACCGUUGUACAACAAAGUUCUCGAAAGUUAUGUUGUCGAGAAAAAUGUGACUGGAAAAGAACGAGAUGAACAAUGUUUUGGAAAAAUUGAAAAAAUGUUUCCUGGAACUUUCGCAAUGAUUUUCGUCGAACAAUUUGUGCCAAAGGAAAAUUUGAAAAGAGCAAAAGAAAAUCUUAAAGAAUUGAAAGAAGUGUUUCGUGAAAUGAUAGAUGAAAAUGAUUGGAUGGAACAAGAAUUGAAAGAUGGAUUUAAAAAAGAGGCGGAUUUGAUAGAAGCAUCACUUGGAGUUCCAGAAGAAUAUGAAGACAUGGAAAAUGUUGAAAAAAUGUAUGAAAGUGUGCAAAAAACGAAAGGAGCUGAACAACAAACAUAUUUAGAACUUGUUCGAAAUUUGUUGAAAAUGAAUGCUGAAGAAACAUUUUUAAGAGUCGCAAAAAAAACAGUUAUGACACUUGCAGUAAAACCACUUAGUUGGAAUGCAUAUUUUCAUUAUGGGGCUCAUCAAACUUGUAAGUUGUUUUUUGGAAAAAGUUAAAGACACAACAUCCACUAGAAAUGAACAGAAAAUGAGUUUGUUAUUCUUUCAUAACACCUUUCAAGUAAUCGAAAUUCAUAAAAAUCAAGAAAAAAAUUUUGAGUCUGGCAAAAGUGAAAAAACAAAAUAAUUGUUUUUGAAAUCGCUCAGCCGACGGGAUUUUCGAAAGAGUUUCACACCCGUUCAAACAAUGAAAAAAUUAGAAAUUUCGCUAUUCACACUGCGCCACAAUUUUCAAAGGAAUUUGAUAACCAAAUAGAAAAAGUAAAUAUACCAUUAGAAUCAGCGCAUCGAGAUCUGUGUGAGACUACGCAUUUCGAAAUUUUUAGGGUCCUGCGAAGAAAGUUAGCAAUCGCGACAAGACCCAACGCAUAAAAUUUAUCUUGCUCCUUUAAUACUGUAGUGCGAAAUAUAACGGCGAACAGAGAGAAUUAGACAAAAGUGUUUGCACAGUUUUUUGUUUCGUUUUACAGUAGAAAACACUCAUUGCGUGGCUUGAACGGGUGUGGUUUGCACACAACGAAGCAAUAGAGCGCACAUACUGUUUUUGUCAUUUGAAAAAACAUGCGGGAAAUCUGUUUUUUCCAGUGGCUGAUGUGUCUUUAAGGCUGGUAAACACAAGGUUUUUUCGGCAAAUACGAAAAGGGUUUCAAAAAUGUGUUAAUGAAAAUUUUUUCCUCCGAAUAAAAACAUAUCAAGAUCAUGCUUCCAGCGUUAGCAACGGUUUUAAUGAAAUAUCCAAAAAUAGAUAUGGAUUUACCAAGCUGGAAUACAAUAGCAGAUUUUUCACAUAUUUUGGGACAUGAAGUCGGUCAUGCUUUUGAUGCGAAUAGCUUCGAGACAAACCAACUUCUUCAGAAAUAUCAAAUGAGUACGAAAACUAGAGAAGAAUUCAAAAAACGAUUUGAUUGCUUCAUUCAAAAAUACAGUAAAUAUAAAUUUCCCGAUGGAACAUUUUCAAAUGGACAAAAGACUAACGUAGAGGAUUCAGUUGAUCAAAUUGGAUUUGUUUUGAUUUCAAGAUUAUUCAAAAAAUUGUUAGAUGAUAGAAGACAACAAAAAUUGCCAGUUUUGGAUCAAUAUACAGUCGAACAACAAUUUUAUUUGAGAUUUGCAUAUGUGAGUUUUAAUCCGAAGCUAAUUUGAUUGAAACAUUCAAAAUUUUAGCCUCUAUGUUGUAGAAAAAAUACAAAUAAAGAUAUCGAAAAAGCAAAAAAUUUAGAGUAUAGUAUUUUUGAAUUUCGAGUCAAUGGAAUGGUGUCGAAUUCUGAUGAUUUCGCAAAAGCUUUUGGAUGCGCUAAAAAUACACCAAUGAAUCCCGAAAAGAAAUGCCCAUUGUACUAA